AGCCUCAUUGUUAUUGAUUCCUCCUUCUCUAUGCUCCUUCUCAUCAUUAUAAACAUUGGUGCCUUGUUGCACACAAGGCGAUUGAGCAAAUGGGUAAGAGAGGACCUAAGUUGCCAGGCUUCUGCCUCAACAGAAUCAGGCCGCAUGCUCGUGUCCGUUCCCCACCAGUACAAUCCAAGCUUGAUCCUACCCACCUCGAAACCGAGAAUUCCGGUGAAGAUUGUGAGAAGAAACCCGGUGAUGAGGCGAAAAACGGGGUUGUUGCUGGUAGGAAGAUCAUGAUUGUGGUUGAUUCUAGUUUUGCAGCAAAGUGGGCUGUGCAAUGGGCACUCACUCACACUGUUCAGAGCCAAGACAUUAUAAUACUUCUUCAUGUGACUAAGCCUUCUUCUAAACAAGCCACAGAUGAGGAGUCCAGCAAGGAUAUUCCGCCUCCAAAUCCAAAGGCUUAUGAACUUGUCUCCUCCUUCAAGAAUAUGUGCAACGUCAAGAGACCUGAAGUACAAAUUGAGAUUGCAGUGCUGGAAGGGAAGGAGAAGGGCCCAAAAAUAGUGGAGGAAGCCAGAAAAGAAGGAGUGUCACUUCUGGUUUUAGGGCAGAAGAAGAGGUCCACAACAUGGCGUCUUCUGAUGAUGUGGUCUGGCCACCGGGUGGCCACCGGGGUGGUGGAGUACUGCAUACAGAAUGCUCAUUGCAUGGCGAUUGCAGUGAGAAGAAAAAGUAAGAAAGCAGGAGGCUAUAUGAUCACCACUAAGCGUCACAAGGAUUUUUGGCUCUUGGCUUAAUUAAUCAAACUCAACAAUCACAAAUCCUGCAGAUGAUUUGCUGCUCAAAGUGUUCUUUAUAUUCUUUUUGGUAUUACAAUUGGUGUUGUCUUCUCUUUAUACUUUUGGUCAAAGGAAGGCAUGAAGACAUUCACUGUGAGAUUUGUAAGGUUUUUUUCAUAAGCCUUUCUAGAUCAUACUGGUGUGUGUGUCUGUAAUCUACAGUGUUUGUAAAUGAUAUAAUGUGUCUUGAGAAUGAGAAGGGACUGAAAUGAUGAUAAUGCAAUGGAAAGUGACCAUAAGAUGGCAUUAUGUAGGCCAUUGCUGCUAAUGAAGAGUGAAGAAUCACAAAGGUCAUUCUUUAGGUUUCUCUAUUGAGGUACAGGAACUGAAUGAGGGCAUGUAACACCUGAGCGAAAAAAAGGACCAAAGUUUGAUAUGCAAAAUUGCAAUGCUAGAUUAAUUAUGGUUAA